GAGAGUUCGUCCAUUGUAAACAAGCCUCUCCAUUUGAAGUUUACUUGAUAAGUGGUGAUAAUGUAGUCUCGUUAUCGCUUUAAAUUUGGAAAUUUGGACUCAAGGAGUGGAAUAUUUUUUUAAGUUUUUGUAUUCUUCCCUUUUGCCGCAAAUGGCUCUGUGGUUAAUCGAAUUUUUGCACUUAAAAAAAAAGUUGACUUGGAAUUAUUGAUCAAGAAAAAGAGCUUCAAUCAUGGAGAAAUUGAAAGCACUUUGCUCAAAGGGAGACAGAGCCUUCAAAAAUGAACAAUUCCUUCAAGCCAUUAGCUUUUACUCUGAUGCUUUGAUACUUUCACCUCAUGAUGAAGGAAUUCUUGGCUGUAGAUCGGCAGUAUAUGCCAAGUUAGGCAUGUUCAAUGAAUCCAAAAAGGAUGCUGAAGCUCUCACAAGCAUAAUUCCACAGAAACCCAAGGGCCAUUUCUUGAGAGCUGUCUCACUUGAAAACCUUGGAAAUUAUAGAGAAUGUUUAAGGUCAUACCUGAAGGCUUAUGAGCUGGACCCAGCACACCCAACUGAACUCCUGGUAAGCAUUGUUGGAGCUGUUGGAUGCAUUUGCCAGAUGUCAGAGAUGGAAGAAAUUUCUCUGUCAGAUCAAGGAGCAAGCUUUCAAAACUUUGAGAGUUUUGUCCAACUUGGUAAAAGGUUGUAUGAAACAGAAAAUUACAAGAUUUGCAUAAGUGUCAUCAGGACAGCCUUAAAGGCACAUUAUGGUUGGGAUGAACAACUGCUGUACUCACAAGCAAGCAUCAAACAUCAGCAUGGUGUAAAAGAUUUUGAGAAGACAAACAAGGAUAUGCAAAGCCGCAACCAUGUCUCUAACGAGUUUGAUUCAGAAGUCGCCCAUUCUGGCUAUGGGUUUGCAUCAAUUUAUGUUGUGACUGGUGACUAUGGAACAGAAGAAAAAGAAAGCCGUGAGGACAGCCAAGGGUCACUGCAGAAUGGCAGAGCAGUUAUGUUGGCACUGCUUGUUAUGUCUGAAGCUCACUACUGUUUGUAUCAAUACAGUAAAGCUCUCUCUGUCUCUCAAAAGUGUCUUUCUGUUGCUUUAGAUUUCAAGGAAAAAGAAUAUGAGAUAAAGUGCUAUGUUAAAAUUGCAAACAUCCAUCACAGACUGGCGCAGUAUGUUCAAGCUGUGUCUUACAAUGGCAAGCUGUUAGCUGUGGGAAGAGAUCUGCAGAGGAGUGGUGAGGACAAAGAAAAAUACCAAAAAUACUGGAAUAAUGACAUUGAACGAAGAGCAGUCUGGAAUUUAUCUGCAGCGUACAAACUCAUGGGUGACUACAAAAAAGCCUUACACCAUGCACAAGAGUACAUGGAUGUAUUGAAAUUUAUUGACCAGGAAAAUCUCACCACAGCUUACUCAAAUCUAGGUGAGCUGGAAUUACUGCAAGGUAAUUAUGAGAGAUCUUUGGAGUGCCACAAAAUUGAACUGCAACUUUGCAAGAAGUUUAAUGACCGUGAUGGUGCUGCCUAUGCCUUUGGGAAUAUUGGCACCGUGUAUGCAAACAUGGGAAACUUUCGUUCAGCAACUGUCAAUCACUAACAACACCUGAAACUUGCUCAGAACUUGAAUGAUAAAGUCUCAGAAGUUAUUGCAUUAAGGAACUUUGGAUGCCUGUUUAAACUCAUGGGUGAGCAUGCCAAAGCUCUUGGUUAUUUUGAGCAACAUUUGCAGCUAUCCAGAUUGAACAAGAUGGAGGAGCUUCAAUGUAAGGCAUAUGGACUUGUUGGUGCUUGCUACAAAGACCUUCACCAGUUACACCAUGCUCAAUAUUAUUAUGACACAUGUUUGAAGUUGGCUGUUGAGCAAAAUGAUCUAGAAGAAGAACUGGAAUGUAAUCUUGCCCUUGCACAGAUUUCAAAGGCCAUGAGAAAUUUUGAAACUUCCCGCCAUUACUUCAACAAAGCCAUUCCCAUCUUGGAAGACAAGCUGUUGUCAAAGUGUGGCAAUAUGUUGAUUUACAAAGAUCCCUUGCUUGAAAAGCUGGAUCAGUGUUAUAAGGACCUGCAAGAAGCCCUGAUAGAGAUGAAUUUGGAAGAGGAGGCCUUAGAAAUUGCUGAACAUUGCAGAUCAAGAAUUCUUGUAAGCAUUAUUAGACAUAAGAAAAUUCUUGCCAAUUCAGAGGCCCUGUCAACACCAUGUCAGCAGCUUGUUACAGCAUACUCAGCAAAGGAUAUUAUUGGUAUCAUUGAUUCGCAGCAAGCAACAUUGUUGUUCUUUUCUGUUAUUCCUACUGGCUUUCUCUUGUGGGUUCUGUCACCAGGGAAGGGCGUCAUGAAAUGUCAUUGGCACAAGAGUUGUGACCAUUCUACCUUUGCCUACAAAAUUAAACAUUGUAUCAAACAGUUUCAUGGCACCCGCAAGGAGAGCUACCAUUGUGAUCACCGAGCUCUACCUGACUCUGUCACAGGGAAAUGCAGUGAGUCAGCGGAUGAAAGAGAAGGCAAAAAAUUUUGCUAUCAUUGUGAAUUUCUUUACUCUACCAAACUAACUCCGCUUCAGAAGUUGUACCAUCUGCUUCUAGGUCCUAUUGAGGAUCAGCUGAAAAUUGAGCUUGGAAGGGGUGUCAGUGAACUGGUUAUUAUUCCAGACUUGGAGGUCAAUUCAGUUCCUUUUGCUUGUUUACAAGAAAAAGAAGGGAAAUACUUACAUGAAUUCUUCAAUGUCCGCACUCUGCCAUGCAUUAGAACAAUUUCACAGAAAGGAGAAAUGCUUCCACAGUCGUCAAUUGCAGAGAAGCAAGUGGCGGAUUCUUCCAAGAUUCUUGUUCAAGGAAAUCCAACUAUUUCAAAAGUAGAUUUGAAUGGAAAGGUAUGGAGUCCAAGGAAACAAUCUGAUCUCGCAGAAGAGGAAGUGAAUAUUAUUGCGUCGUUGCUGGGAGUGGAUCCAAUUUCGGGUCAUCGGGCAACCAAGGAGCACUUCCUUACGAUGUUGCCCCAAACAAGCGUGGUUCAUUUAGUGACCUACGGAAGCUGGCCAGAUGCCUGCAUUGCUCUGUCUCCAAACACACAUCAUUAUGGUGACCCUCCAUCAGAAGAUGCAUUCUUAGUGAAAGUGUCGGACAUAGCCAUGUUAAAAUUGUCUACUAAGCUUGUUGUGUUAAAUGCAUGCUGUGGGUGUGGCCACCAGUAUUGCCAGUUAAAGCAUGCAAGCUUCCAUCUGGCCACAGCACUCCUAGCUGCUGGUGCACAGUCUGUGAUCAUACCUCUGUGGUCUGCCCCUCAGGCUACAAUGCUUAACUUGUUUUACAAGUUCUACAGUGGUUUGGAAGAGGGCCGAACUGUCAGUGAAUCACUAAAAGAAGCCUGGACUCUUUUGAGGAGUGUCGAGCACAUGUCGGCCCCAGACUCCUGGGCGUCAUUUGUUCAUGUUGGGUUUGACACCACAGUGGAUUUUAUGAAGCUGAGAUAUCAGUUAUUUGAUGGGGUAUUGGAUCAAGUGGUAAAAAGUUCAUCUCCGGAGAGGUUUCCUCUGGUCACAGCAGAGAUACUGGACAGCAAAGUUCCUUCAGUUGCGUUUAAAAUGAAGAAAUUUCAAGAACUGCUGACACAGCUCUUGUUAGAGCACACAUCAGUGUCGCAUGUGCUGCCAGCUCUCCGGGACUUGAUUCAGUUGGCUCAUCAAAUGCUCUUGUUGACUCACCAUCCUGAGCUCCUUUCGAAGGGGGACCCAACCAUGUGUGCACAACUGAGCUCCCAUGUCCUGGAGUCCCCUUGCGCCAGAGAGUUCCUCGUCUUCUUAGGGUUUGACUUUCAAAAGGAUGGUGCACACGAGAAGGAUCCAUUCGUUGUGUUUCCUCACUGGGACCCUGACGAGACCCUGACAAUGACGUCACAAGUCCUGCCGGCUGUUUGUGAUAUCUUGAAGGAAUCUUCCAGUGGAGGUUACGCCUUAGCUAAGAUCACAAACACUUUGAAGAAAAACACGAUGGAAAAGCUCAAAGAAUUUCUCAGCUUAAGCAGUCGUUACCCUGAGAGGAUCAUGAAGACGAGUGACUUUGUCCUCCGCUCAUUGUGGUACAAUCCCGAGCUGCAGCAGCUCCUUGCCUCCCUUGGCUUUUACGAAGUAGGACAGUCAUUACUGUUCAACAAGACCGAAGGAAACCAGCUCUUGUUGAAAUCUACACUGGCUGUGGUCACAGCUAUGCUUGAUUACAUGGAGAGAGGGAAAACACGGACUUCGUCAUCCCAUCGUCAGUCUCUCUCUUUUGGUGGACGUCCCGCAAAACUUGCCUCACUCUCGCCCCAGCUCACACCAUCCAAACAGAUUGUCAUGGAGACUCCAUGGAUGUCCACAAAGUCUGAUAGGAGUGAAAACGAAUUAAAGAUGGUCCUUGCUAAAGAAUUGGAAGGAAUCAAUGAAGAGUUUGCUGGUCAUGCGACGAGAGCAAAUUACUGGCACGCUCAGUUACUCCGAGCGCAGUCUGCCCCCAGUUCUAAACUUCCAGUCAUUGGGAGUAAGACUCAGGACAAGCAGCCUUCAAGAAAAGCACAAACCAAAGAAAAGGCGGGAAAAGUGAAGGUGCAAGCCGGUAUGACACCCUCUUGCAACCGGCGGCUUGUAGAGGAGGAGCCACGGCUUUCAAUCAACGCCACCAGAGAGAGGCGCAACGAGAUCUACAGGAUUUAUGCACAACGAUUUGAUGACAUUGCUAUGCACAAGCGGCAUAGGGUUCGACAGCUGUUUACGUCGCAGAUUGAAGAUCAUGGAUGAGAACACCACUGAUAAUUAGUGCGCAACUGCUCAACUUCAUUGAAAUACGUCGAGCUUUGUUAGAUCUGAAUUGUAAAUAAACUGAGAUCGUUAUUAUAAA